AUGGCCGGAUCGCAGCCUAAAGUAGACGAGAACCGCUACCGAACAAAAAGUACGAGAACGGUAAGAAAAGGCAAAAAGAACCAAAACAAAAAAAAGAAAAAAAAAAAAAAAAAAACAGAAAACCACAAUAAGGACGCCAGAAAGAAGCUAGUACUUAUUCUUUCUCCGUCUUCUAUUAAUCCCAUUACCUACCCUCUGAAUUCAUCCCACCGACCUACAUCAUCAGUGCUUCACGUGACCCACCACCUCACAAUCAGUACUUAUACUUCUUUCUUAUCAAUGGGCGCCUGUCUAUCGUGCUUAUUGCCUCCAAAUGAUGGCGAUGCUCAUGAAAGAACGUCGCUUCUCGGGAACAAUACCCAAUAUUCCGACGAAGAUUUGCAGAAAGAGCUAGCAAAACAGCAGCAGCGCCAAAGCGAACUCAACACCAUCGUCAACGACUUGAACGACAAUCUCAUCGACGUGUCCACAUUUUUGACCAACGGCAGUGCCGGGCCCAACUUUUCUAUCCCCGCCGACUAUCUGCAUGCCAGCAUCACGGAAGAUGAUACGACGUCGCCCAAAGUGGCUCCAGCUGGGCUGGAGGGAGGUAAGCUGUAUCCGCAUGUGAUGGGCUUGGAGGAGAAGGAGCAGAUCAUGCAGCGGGCCCAGAACAUUGACAGUUGCCGCGUAGUCUGUGACGGACCAUUGUACGUGACGUUCUAG